UAGGCCUACUAAAUAUUAAUUUUACAUCUGCCAGCGAUUCCGAAGAGCAACCGCAGUCAUGUGGAAUAAAGUGGAUCUUCUUAUCAACGAUGACACCAACACUGUUCGUUUAUGCAGCGUUGGUGACAGCACGUUGUACCAAGCUGACACACUGGUCAAACUUUCCUCAUCGGAAAAGGUUGUGUCCAGUCCAAAGCUGUUCGCUGCACUGACACCUGCGAGUUGCAUUGUCGUCUGCGAUACGUCAGUGAUCCUGUUUGAUCCAAGUUUUCAGACGAUCUUGCUUCACCUGUUCUUCGAAACGUCAGUGGAUGCAGUAUGCACAGAAGGCAAUUUCCUGCUAGUUGGCGAGAGAAAUGGAAAUCUCAAUCUGGUCUAUGUUCCCAUGCAGAAGAUAGUCAUGACACGGGCAUUGCAGCAAGCGCCUUCCAAUGGCGAGGACGCCACCUACAAGAGUCUCAUCCUGAAAGAGGUGUCUGAUUGCUCAGGGUUGUUCCAACUUUUUCUGACCGUUCAAGAAGGAAUCGUGAUUAUGUCUGGAUUUGACUUGGGAAAGGCACAGAAAGCUAUCGAUGCCAAGGACUUUGGGAGUCUUAAUGAGCUUAAGGGCCUCAUCAAGGCCGACUUCUGCUCGACCGCAGACGUUCAUGAUGGAGACUGCAGUUGUACAGUGAUGGCUGACCUGGACAACAGGGAGCAGCUUCUUAUUGGGGGAAGGGGUGAAUAUUCCUUGUCCCAGUGGCGGGUGGAUGAGUGCUGUCUGUCCAACAGUUCUGCGCUGGACUCCUCCUUAGUUCCAGGGGUCAGGAAGAUUCAAGUGGUCGACACGAUCAUGUAUGUGUUGAGUGAAGAGGACAUGUUGAGCGUAUGGGAUGUCUAUUCCCUCGUCAUGCUGUACUGCUGGCCAGACGUUGCAAUCCAAGACUUUCUACUCAUCACCGAGGGAGACUCCACCUCCAUCGCAUCGCAAGACCGCACCAAUAUGAAAAUUGUUACUCUAGGAACUGAAAAUGACAAACAGAAGAGAAAGCUGAUGGUGCAGUCUCUCCCCUCGAUGGACAUGAUCUAUUCAGUAGAGGUGUCCGGGGUGUCUGCUCUCGUGCAGACUGGAAUGAACAUGGAUACAAUUUAUAUGUUGGAGAAAAUUGUGGAGAACCCAAAAAGGCGAGUUCAGGACAGUGCAUUGCCUGCCGUCGUACUAAGAUGCUUCACAGAGGCCCUGCCUGAAAACAGGUUCAACAGGCUUCUGCACAAGCACAAGUUUGAAGAAGCAGAGCAGUUUGCCAUCACCUUUGGACUGGACGUAGAGCUUGUGUACAAGGUGAAGCUGGACACUAUUAGUGGGAAGCUGGACUGCUAUUCCUAUGGCCAGCAGGACCAGAGUAGAUGGGCGGAGCUAAUCGAGGACGCCAAGGCCAGCUUGGUCAAGAUUACGGAUGAGCAGUACGUGGUGCAGUACUGUCUGACGGCCCUGUGGCCCACGAUGGAUGCAGCGGAGGAGAUGCUGAGCUACGCAGCCACCCGAUUCCCCUGCGCAGAGAUCCAGAUGGCCCUCGCCAAGCUGGCCACCUUCUGCAGCAUAUACGGCCUGGACAACUUCAAGGGAGCUCUGUGGAUUGAGUUCCUGAACAGCGAUGACUACCUGAAGUACAUCUUUGAGCUGCUGAGGUCUGGGAACAUCAGUGGAGCACAACACCUGUGGCUCAGACAUGAGGGUGAGUUUGUGCAGCAGUUUGACGAGGACAUGCUGAACUGCCUGCUGAGCUGUAUCCCCCUCGCCAUCCCCUCCAGCCAGCUCUGCCAGUGGUUCAAGGCCGUCAUCGUGCCCUUCGUCUGGAAGGUCAUCCCUGAGGAGCAGAAAAUCUUGGCAAGAUGGUUGGAGCAAAGGGCCCGGACUUUGGAACUGACAGAAAAGAGUGACUGGCCCCAUAAUGGCCUGAGGCUGGCUGAGCUCGGCCUUCCCUCCUUCAUGUCCCCGCCCCUGGAGGAGGGCAGUGGUACGGAGGCCGUAGAGCAGCUGAAGGUCCUGGUGGUGAGCCUGCGCGACCUCUGUGACCUCUACGUCAAGUACAACUGCAAGCUCACGCUGUCUGAGUUUGAGAUGAGCAACACGCGUAACAUGGCGUUCCUGAUGCUGGAUAAGGUGCUGGCCCCGGAGCUCAUCUCCUCUGUGAUCGAGAACAGCGUGCGGCCCUACGCUCUGGAGCACAACCUGGACUUCAACAAGACUCUCCUGCUCUACAUCAAGGACCUGUCUGACUCCUGCAGUUCCCAGACGACGACCAUCUUCUCCGAGUGGGAGGACAAGGCUGUGGCCAUCCUCCGCUGUAUGACCAACGCCGAUUUGAUUAUGGAUGCCGUCCUGGCCAUCAUGUUCAAGGCCGUGGUGCCCUGGAGCGAGACGGUGGAGAACCUGGUUCAGCAGCACCUGGAGAAAGAGCACCCCAAACAGGAGCUCCUGAAGAAGAGCUAUCGCUGCAUGGAGACCAAGAAACUGCUCAGCCACUAUGGAGUGCGGACCUUCUCCCAGUCCACAGACAUCAUGAUGCUGGUGAGACACAUUCUGAAGCAGAACUUGCCGAGCUCCCUGGAAGAUGCCCUAUGCCUGGCCAAGGCCUACCAGCUCAACCCCUCCGAGAUACACUACCUCUACAUACAACGCCUCCUGGAUGACGCCAAGAUGGAUGAGAUCAUGUUGCUGUUGAAGCAGAUGGACCCCAAGGAGGCUAAAGUGACCAUGCUCCGCUUCUCCUGCUGGGCCAGAGUCUUCUUAAGCGAGAAAGAUCACAUUUGUGAAGAGCAUAAGAAGAAGAAGAUGCUGGUUACCAAGAUGGCAGUGGAGGUCCUCAGCUACUUGCAGAGCGUGCAGAGGACGGAAAACUCUCCGAUGCAACAAGAAUGUGAAGAUGACCUCCAGAUGUACAUGACUAUGGCUCAUCUGCAGGAGGAUUUUGAGGUCUUCCUCACCCCGGGCGAGAUGGACAAGCCCAAGGUGUGUAAGCUUCUGGAGGAGCAGGUGAGCCGGGCGUACGAGAACACCAGGAGAGCCAGGCAGUACUCCACCUCCACCUCCACCUCCUCGUCCAGCGGUGGCGGUGACUCGGAGGCCGCUACGGCCAAGGCCUCAGCUCCCCAGGCGGGGGUGAAGACGGCGCCGACAGCGGAGAGUCUGGUGGUGGACGGGGUGGUGGACAGCCUGUCGGGCGGCAACACGCCCUUCAGCGAGGCCAGUGUGUGUCGCCUCGUGCGCCACCUGCAGCUGUCGGAGCAGGAGCUGUGGGCCAGCAUGGCACACCGAGCGCUGGAGGCCGGCAAGGUGGAGAAGGCACUCCGGAUACUCGGUGAGCUAUACAGGCAGUAUCAGAACGCGAACACGGGGGCGGUUCUGUUCUGGGCGGCCCAGCGCCUGUGCCAGAGCCUGGAUGAUGACGACCCCAUGAUCCUCCCGGAGAAGAUCGACCUCCCCGCCGUCAUCCACCAGCUCGCCUGCCAGGCCACAGCCACCUGCAGCUCAGACUUGUUGCUGGACGCUAUGGAGCUGAGCAAGAACACCCAGAGAGCAGCACAUCUGUAUAGCCAAUGUCAAAUGGAUGACAACUAUGGAUUUGUUGCUAAGAACACCAAGACUGACGGGGAGCAGGAGGACGAGCAGGAGUGGGGUUGGAAGAAGGUGUUCGUCGAGGAUGAUGGGAUUGUUCUGGAUCCGAUCACCGUUCUGCCCCUCCAGUACAAGAUCACCACCUGUCUGAUGCCCCUCCUCUCUGAUUCUAAAAUAUAUCCACUGGAAUCUUUCUCGCUGGCCUAUCGUCCAGUCAGUAAGGAUGGAGACUUCCUGAGUCCUCUGAUGACUCCGCUGGCCAGCAUGCUGCAGAGUCUUCAGGAGUGCAGCCAGCUGGAGCUGGGAAUGGGGCUGCUUAUCGAGUCCUACAUGGCCAUUCUGCACCAUGUGGCAUCCUUUAGCACCGCUACAGACCAGGUAAAUACGCUCCUCAUCGAGUCCUUUAUGGCCAUCCUGCACCACGUGGCAUCCUUUAGCACCGCCACAGACCAGGUAAAUACGCUCCUCAUCGAGUCCUUUAUAGCCAUCCAGCACCACGUGGCAUCCUUUAGCACCGCCACAGACCAGGUAAAUACGCUCCUCAUCGAGUCCUAUAUGGCCAUCCUACACCACGUGGCAUCCUUUAGCACCGCCACAGACCAGGUAAAUACGCUCCUUAUCGAGUCCUAUAUGGCCAUCCUACACCACGUGGCAUCCUUUAGCACCGCUACAGACCAGCACCCUGAUAGCAAGUGGCGGGUCAAGCUGGAAGAGCACAUCUCCCUGGUCAGGACGAGGGCCUUCUCAAACCUCAAUAAGAUGGUGGUGAUGCUGCUGCAGAAGAUUCUCAACUGGAGGAUGGUGGACUUUGAGCUGGCCAUCGGACUAUCCACCCUGUUGCCAAAAGCUGAGAUCCUGGCGAUACUGUGGAGAAUCAUCACCAACACCUGGCAGAACUAUGACAAAAUAUCGGACGUGGCCAAGGUUGGGACGUACAUCUGCUCCCUCUAUGAGGACGAGGACGAGCGGCAGAAGUUCCUGACGGUCAUAACGGACGCAGACUGGGGAAGCAAACUCGCCAAGCUGGGGGUGUCCAUCCAGUCAGUAUUCAGACAGUUGCCUGAGACCAAGAGGAACCUCAUCCCAGUUCUCGUCAAGAACAAAAACAUCACCCCAGAGAUCAUUCUGCAGUAUUGCAACACGUACGGCCUGGACGGAGAGCAGGCCAUCAACCUGCUGAUCACCACGCUGCUGCAGCAGGAGGACGCGGUGGUGGUGGGGGAGGAGGAGGUGGGGGCAGGAGACGCAGGGGGGGAGGCAGCAGGAGGAGCAGGAGCAGGAGGAGCAGAGGGAGGCGCCGCCGCCGCAGUGGACCCUCUGGAGCGUGCCCUGCAGGUCAUCCCACAGCUGCACUCCACACGAGACGUCUUCAUUAGCCUCAACGCCGUCAUACCCAAGCUUAACCCGUACAGCUAUGAGAAGAUCGAGAGGAUCCUCAACACCUUGGAGACGGCCAACGAGGGCACCACCCUGUUCCCCCUCAGUCAGAUGACUGGCCUCCUGCGCCACCUGAAGUCCUACCGCCGCAUAUCGCCCCCUACUGACCUGGAGAAGACCUACCUGUUUGAAAACGCCCUGGAGCUGUCUCCACUGGCCAACACGCGCCUGCCCUUCCACAUGCUGUUGCAGACCAGCCACUACUUCUGGAAGAUCAUAUCUCCGGAGCUAAGUGAAGAGACAUUCCCCACUCUCUUGCUAAUAUGCAAGCUGUUGAAGGUCAGUGUAGACAAGCUCUACAUGCUGGUCGUCAAUCACGUCUCUGAGAAGAAGCUGAAGCCGAUGAUUUUGGAGCGAGCCAAGAGGGGCCAGUCCCACACGCGUAACGAGGAGACGGAGGCGGUGGUCCACUCCAUCAUCCAGUACGCCCUCUGCAUCCAGAACCUGGAGCUGGCCGCUGCCACCGUACACAAAGUCGCCCAGGAGCUCACUGCAGGAACAGAGAAGACACUGUUUUUGAAGUUCUGCUGGAAACUUGGAGACAAAUACCUGAAAGCACCAAAUCUUGAGGAUGAUGUGCGCGUGCGUGGGGAGGCCAUCAUGUCCAAGAUGAAGCUGCAGUACCAGCGGUCGGCCAUUGAGAACAUGGUGAUGGCCAGCCAGCUCGGCUCCCCGGAGCUGCUCAAGCUGACGGGGCAGCCGGGACGCCUCAUCGUGGCCCUCUUCGAGCACAGCAGCGUGGAGCAGCGCAUGAGGAGCGCAACCGCACACAACUACCCUGACAUUCAUGCCAUAGCUAAAGAAAUUGCCUCCAUCAGUGGAAUAGAUCCUCUGAACGCCAGAAACUUCCUGCUAGAGAAAUGGCUCUGUAAAAUCGACUCCGAAGCAUCAAAGGAUCCCAACGCUCAGGAAGACAACAUCACAGACAUCGAGAAUGAUCCUGACAUGAUGAGAGUUGUGUAUCUGCUGCGCAUGCAUCCAAAGGAAACGAGUGCUCGUCUGCUUUGCACGUACAUGACUGCUGACUCCUGGCCAGGAGGAGCUGGAACGCGUCUCACUUUUGAGCAUCGGAGCCGCAUCCUCUACUGCCUCAGCCACAUCGCAGACGAAGCCACACUAGAGGAGCUCCUACGCAUCCCCAGAACCAAAGUCAAGGAGUACACGCAGUGCUAUGUCUUCCUGUCCCAGCUGGAGAAGCUGAAUAUCCGCUACACACUGGAGAUGUUUGUCAACAGCCCGAAGGAGGGCCUCAUCAAGAGCCUGUGGAAGAACCACAACAGAGACCCCAAGGCUGUGCGUCUGGUGGCUGACAUGUCUCUGGAGUACCAGAUGUACGACCUUCAGCUGUGGGACGGAAUCCUCCAGAAACUAGUGGCCUCAAAUAUGACCAGCUACUUGCAGAAGCUGUUGGAGGCCAUUGGAGCUAUCCCUUGCCUGAGAGAGGUUCCCAGCCUUCUGAGGACAUGGAGGAGUGUGAUCCUCAGCCCUUUCAUGACAGCCUCCAUGUCCCAGAGACCGGAGCAGGAGGCCACGUUCUACAGAACAUUUCUACUUAUCCUCAAGUGUCCGUUGCUCCUGAACCUGGAUCUGAUUGGUGUUGCCAAGCGCUUUGCCCAGUUCAACAUGCCGGCGUACUCCCUGGCAACCCUGCUCCUCAUCCCCUUCGCCCAGAAGAGAGAACAGCAGAUACAGUGUUUCAUGCAGUCCUAUGAUCCAGCCCUGAUCAUAGACCAGGUGAAGACACACAUGUGCACUGGAGAGCUGGCAGGAGUUCCCUCAUUGGUUAUGGGCACAGUCUUCUCAAAUCUCCUGCAGAAGCGUCAGUAUGACAAACUGAUCAAGAUGGCGAACUCCUGUGACUUCAAGGAGCACUUGGUCAAAAGAAGCGACCCAAAUCAUGUGAAGGACUUGAUGGAGUAUCUCGUCAGGCACAAAAGGCAGCAGGAUGCUGUCAGCCUCGCUAAGGCUUACCUGAAAUCAACGGAAAACAAGGUUGGGAAGAAGUCUUCAGAGACUGAUCCGGUCAAGGAGUACAUGGAGCGGACGUCUCUUGGGAAAACAGAUGAACUGUAACAUACAAACAUUUAAACGAUUUUUCUGACAAAUUG